AUGGAGGCCUCUCGGGUUUCCGCCGCUCUCGACAAUGCAACCACAGCAACACUGUCUGAGAAGCGCUCCGAGAAACACGCAGAGGAGGUGACAACGGCUCCCAUCAUCUACACGGAUUAUCACAGCCGCAAAAACCCCUAUGCAUCGCUACUUUACUUGCCCAUGGAACUGCAGUUUCUCAUCGGCUCUCAUCUCGACUAUGGCGACUUGCAGAACCUACGCUGCACCAAUCAGUUUUACCGUCAACUCAUCGACAUCAACUUUGUGCGAACAUGUCUGGGCUCUCUCGCAACCGACAAUUCGCUACGUUUUGUCUGCCGCAGUUGUCUGCGCUACGACGGCACCGGCCGUCGGCUGCUGUGGCCACUCGCGCCGUGUGCUCAGCCUGCGCCAUCCGACGGUGAGGUGUCAGAUGACGGCGCGUCUAUCGAGGCCCCGCCGGCGACUAGCAUGACCUACUGCCCCGAUCCCAGCGUCCCACUUGCCGCGAACUGCGCCGACUGCGCCGUCCGCCAGGGCCAGCUUUGCCCCGGCGAGUAUGUCCUGACCGAGGGUGGCGAGCGUAAGGUUCGCGUGUGCCGCUGGUGCGGCUGGCCUUGCACCAAUGACCCCGCGAAGGAAGAGUACUGGCCACGGUCUGCCCGUGAACUGCAUCCGCGCUGCGCCCAGAUUUACCAGAUGGUCAUGGUAGGCUACUACAUUCUGGUGUGUAUCCGGUCCGGCAUUGCUUUCGUCACCUAUAUCCUUCUGUGGAGGUUAUUUGCGGACAACCAAGUUGUUGUCGUGCCGAGUGUGAUGGCGUUCCUUCUCAUGGGUGUCAUCCUCGUUAUUCUCUGGCUGCGUGGCCGUGAGGUUAGGACAUAUCAUAUCGUUGGCAGUCUUGAGUUCACCAUCCUGGGUCUCGGCAUCCCGCCCCUCUAUGUCAUGAUUAGAGAGAUGCAGGCCGAGUAUGAUGCCGGCAAGGUUGCUGCUGAAGUGUUGCUUAUCAUGCAUCUGUGA